AUGGUAGUCUCGCGAAAACGGAUGCAGAAGCUGGUCAAAAUAGUUGCUAUAGCUGGGCUAUUAGUGUUUUUGUUGACGCAUGCGGGAUCGUACUUGAGCCCUGAUAUGAGUGUGGACCAAUAUGCGGGAGCGUUGAAGGAAUACGUUGACAAAUACAAGGAAGAUCACGAAAAGGCGGUGGUUGACGAUAAGACGGUGGGUAGUGGGGAGGAAGUAGGAGCGGGAAUUGGGUCCAAGCCUGUGAGCAAUGGUAAGACGGAAGGAUCAGGGUCGAGCGGGAAGAAUUCGAAGGUUUCCUCUUCUUCUGGAGAGAGAGAGUUGCUCAAGUCGUUUUUCGGACGUGCGUUCCAGUACGUGAAAGAGUAUGGACCAGAGGGAGUUAACACGCCUAAUUAUGACCCCAAUUGUAAUCUCAAGGGCGAUAUUGGAUACAGGAAGGAUAAUGUGAACGAGUGGUGGAAACUUACCGGUAAGGAGCUAUCGAAUUGUUUGAAGCUUACAAAGAAACAGAUCGCGAUGCUCAAGGACGGACAUACCAACUAUGUGCGUGCGAUUAACGAGAUGAAGCUUCCGGCAAAUGCGUACAGUGGUGAUGGUAUUGUUACCGUUGGUGGUGGGAAGUUCUCGAUUAUGGCAUUUUUGAUUAUCAAGACGGUGAGAAAUUUCGGAACCACUUUACCUGUGGAAGUGUUUAUCCCUCCCAAUGACGAAGGAGACGACGAGUUCUGCAACGUGUUGCUUCCAAAAUACAAUGCGAAGUGUAUCUAUCUCUCGGAUGUGCUUCCAGACGAUGUGAUCCAAAAGACAGAGUUCAAGGGCUACCAGUUCAAGUCUUUGGCCAUGAUUGCGUCGAGUUUCCGGAACUUGUUGCUAUUAGAUGCCGAUAACUUCCCUAUCAAACCUUUGGACAAUAUAUUCGACGAGAAGGUUUACAAGGAGAACGGGCUUGUUCUAUGGCCGGACUUCUGGAGACGUACUACGCACCCUGUGUACUAUGAUAUCGCGAACAUUCCGCUAUCCUACCAAAGAGUGCGCAACACGAUGGACGACGUCACGCCUCCAUCCGUUUACACCCAGGAUCUAAGCGAUUUGUCCAAGGUCCCAUUACACGACUUGGAGGGCACCAUUCCAGAUGCCUCCACUGAAUCCGGCCAAAUGAUGAUAAACAAGGUGCAGCACAUCCGUACUGUCCUACUAUCACUGUACUACAACGCUUAUGGGCCUUCGUGGUACUAUUCCAUUUUCUCGCAGCGUUCUUCCGGAGAAGGUGACAAGGAAACGUUCAUCGCGGCAGCCAACCACUACGGCUUGCCCUUCUACCAAGUCCGCUCCGAGCCUACCGUGGACGGCUACCACAAGGCAAACGGCGAAGGGUUCCGUGGGGUUUGUAUGUUGCAGCACGAUUUCGCGCAAGAUUACGACAGAUACCUCUUGGCACAAAAGGAAAUCAAACAGAAGUACGCCAACAAGCCUGCGUCCUACGAUCCGGACUACAAAUACCAGGAGAGCUACCUAGAAAAAUACUUCAGCGUUGACUCUGCUGACGUUAUGUUUGUACACUCCCACUUGCCCAAGUUCGAUCCAGUUGGCCUUGCCCUAACCAAGGAUUUAAUCGAAAACGGUAAGCACAUCCGGUCGUACAGAAACCUACAGAGAAUGCACGGCUACGACUUGGAAUUGGAGGCGUUCAAGACCUUCAAGGAAUACGUAUGCAAGACAAGAGUCCACUUCAAGUAUUUCGAAAAGGCUGUCAAAUCAGAAUCGGAAUGGACUACCAUCUGCAACUACGUUGAUGAAAGAUUGCAAUACUUGAAACAAAGUCAUGCAGACGCCCUAGAGGGAAAGUUUUGA